AUGAUGGCAACGGGAAAUACGCGCCUUGUGCGCUACAUUGCCAUGACGGCAUUUGCACUUUUCGUCUUCUAUUUUGUCUCCCGCUCCAACAUGUACACCCCAAUCCCUGGGGCUGGGCAAAUCGUCAAGCCAGCAGUGCAACCCGAGACGCCGUCGACUCCCAAGAACCCGAACCCCCAGGUUCCUUUGCAGCCGGCGCCCGGGUCUCCCGCUGACCCUCCUAUCAAGAACCCUCCUAAGCAGCCGACUGUCAAUACUGGAAAGGGCGACGACAUGUCCUUUGCGAGGACUCCUAGCUCACCAGGCUGGGAUGACCUCGUGAAUAUCAACGCCGGCCCUCGAAUGAAUGCCACUUUCGUCACUCUGGCCCGAAACACGGAUGUCUGGGAUAUUGCCGAUUCCAUCAGACAGGUCGAGGAUCGCUUCAACCGCCGCUUCAACUACGACUGGGUGUUCCUCAAUGACCAGCCUUUCGACGAGACCUUCAAGAAGGUUACCACGUCGCUGGUAUCUGGUACAACCCACUAUGGUUUGAUUCCCGUCGAGCACUGGUCUUUCCCCGACUGGAUUGACCAAGAAAAGGCAAAGAAGGUCCGUGAGGAUAUGAAGGAGCGAAAGAUCAUCUACGGUGACUCUGUCAGCUACCGCCACAUGUGCCGCUUCGAAUCCGGAUUCUUCUUCCGCCACGAGUUGAUGCUCAACUACGAGUGGUACUGGCGUGUCGAGCCCUCCGUCAAGCUUUUCUGCGACGUCCAUUAUGAUCCUUUCCGUGUCAUGGCCGAGGAGAAGAAGAAGUACAGCUUUGUUCUGAGUCUCUACGAGUACCAUGAGACUAUUCCCACCCUCUGGGAGAGCACAAAGAAGUUUAUGAAGAACCAUCCCGAGCAUAUCGCCAAGGACAACUCGAUGGCCUUCCUCAGUGACGAUAAGGGUGAAAACUACAAUCGAUGCCACUUCUGGUCCAAUUUUGAAGUCGGAAACUUGGAGUGGUUGCGAAGCAAGGCGUACAUCGAUUUCUUCGAAUCACUGGACCAGGAUGGUGGUUUCUUCUACGAGCGUUGGGGUGAUGCACCUGUACACUCUAUUGCAGCUGGUCUGCUUCUUGACAAGUCUGAGAUUAAGUUCUUCAACGAUAUUGGGUACUGGCAUGUGCCCUUCACUCACUGCCCCACUGGUGAGCAGACGCGCCUGGAUCUUCGAUGCCACUGCAACCCCAAGGACAACUUUGACUGGAAGGGUUAUUCUUGCACCUCUCGAUUCUAUGAGCUCAAUGGUCUGGAGAAGCCACUGGGCUGGGAGAACGAAAAGGACUAG